AUGACUGUGAAGUAUCUCUCCUUGGAAUACAACAAAGUAAAUGAGCGUGGCACCUUCUCUCCGGGGGACACCGUCUCUGGGAAGGUAAUUGUGGUGACCAACAAGGAAACAAAGGUGCAAUGUUUUGUGGUCAGAGCCAAAGGUAAAGCUGAGGUCACAUGGUCUGAACAAGAAGGACAAAACACCGUGGUCCACAACGACAAGAAGAGAUACUUUUACUUUAAACAUAUUAUACUCCAGGAUAAAAAUAAAGGAGAUGGUUCUGAAAUUAUUAGAUCUGGACGGAAUCUGUUUCCAUUUACCUUUGAGAUUCCAAACACGGACAUGCCUUCAUCUUUCAAAGGGAAAUGGGGGAAAAUUAUUUAUACAUUGCGUGCAAAGCUAACUUUGUCCAUUUGGCUCGUCCACAAAACAAAAAUUGAAUUUCCAUUCCUGACCAAGGCUGAGUUCCCAUUUGCCUCCAAAUCUGAAAUGAUUAUCAUUGGACUUCAGGAGCAACAAAGUGCAACCAGGAUUUCAUUCCUUGGCUCUGGAAAAGUUACUUUCAGUGUUACUUCGGAAACAAUGGGAGUAAAGCAAGGUGAGGCCAUGGCGGUCUCUGUAGAAAUCCUCAAUGACUCAACACGUACAGUGACUCCCAAAUUCUAUCUGAGUGAGACGCAGACUUUUGUGGCUGAUUCCAAAAGGGUGGUGCACACAAAUGAUGUCCUGUUUGGGUCUGGAGACUGUGUUCCAGCUGAGAGCAGGCAGACUGUAACCAGAGUUUUGAGCAUUCCUCCACAAACACCUCCAACCUUCUUCAACUGCAGCAUGAUGAGACUGGAGUAUAGGAUCAAGGUCUCACUCGAUGUCCCACAAGCAGAGAUUAAACUUCCCAUGGUCGUUAUGCUGGGUUCACCAAAGCCACAUCAGCAGAAACCAAAGAGAUCCAUCUGGUUCAGAAAGCUUCCCAGUUGAAAGGAUGCACGCAAUCAAUACGGGGCGGUGCAUGUGCUGGACUUAAAUGAACCACUUAGAACCGAAAUGCAUGUUUAGAAGAAAUGGUCGAAGAGCUCCGUUUGUUGUGGUGGAUCUCCUUUAUGGGUUUAUAUUCAAACCUUAAACUCCUUACAUUUUGUUGGAUAUUUUUUACUUCUGGCCACUAGAUGGGGGUAUGUCCUAAAAUAGUACAACAAGUACAGGAGAUUUGUUUCAGUGAAUCAAAGAUGAAUUUGAAAUAAUAUUGUAAGCAAAUGUUUUUUCUUGUUUCUUCUCUGCUUCUUCUUCUUCUUCUUCUUCUUCUUCUUCUUCUUCUUCUACUACUACUACUACUACUACUACACCAAACACACCUCCUGUGUGUCCAAGUGAUAAUGUCAUUGUAAUUAUUAUUACCCAAAUUAAAAUAUAGUGUGUUCUUCU